GUUAACUUCUCGCCACAAAAUUCAGUGGUCACAAAAACAAACAAAAUGAUGAUGUUUUCUUCUCUGAAACAGACACGCACACACGAUAAUGGCGACAUUCUCUUCAUCUUUCUUUUGCCUUCACCCUCCGACUCUUCAUCAACAAACCAGUAAUACAAUUCGAACAAAAUCAUUAAAAAGAACUAAACCCAAAUCUCUAACAAUUGUCAGUGGUGGAUACGAUAUCCGGAAGGAAGAAAUAGUCAUCGUUGGAGCUGGAAUCGCCGGCCUCUCCACCGCAGUUUCGCUACACAGAUUGGGGGUUCGAUCGGUGGUGCUGGAGCAGGCUGAGUCGUUGCGGACUGGAGGAACGUCAUUGACUCUAUUCAAGAAUGGAUGGAAGGUAUUGGAUGCCAUGGGAGUUGGUGAUGAACUCAGAUCCCAAUACCUUGAGAUUCAAGGGAUGGUUAUAAAAACAGAAAAUGGAAGAGAGCUGCGAUCAUUCAACUUCAAAGAAGAAGAUCAAAAUCAAGAGGUUCGCGCAGUUGAAAGAAGAACCCUUCUGGAGACUCUUGCCAAACAGCUACCACUAGAUUCCAUCUCUUUCUCAUCAAAACUGGCAAAUAUUGAAAAACAAGAAGACGGUGAAACUCUGCUGGAACUUGAUAAUGGUAGUCGCAUAUCAUCCAAGGUGGUAAUUGGGUGUGAUGGAAUUCGUUCUCCAGUGGCUAAAUGGAUGGGAUUUCCGGAGCCUAAAUAUGUAGGAUAUUGUGCUUUUCGUGGGCUUGGAGAUUACCCUGAUGGACAACCUUAUGAGUCACAGGUGAGCUAUGUUUAUGGCCGAGGUAUACGUGCUGGUUAUGUUCCGGUUUCACCAACAAAAGUUUAUUGGUUCGUUUGCUUCAACAGCCCUACACCAGGUCCAAAGAUUACUGAUCCGUCAGUGUUGAAGAAACAAACCAAGGAACUGAUCAAGAAAUGGCCCUCUGAGCUGCUAAACAUAAUCAAUGCCACCCCAGACGACACCAUCAUCCGGACCCCCCUGGUCGACCGGUGGUUGUGGCCAGGUCUGAGCCCUCCGGUGUCCUCGGGUGGAGCCGUGCUGGUUGGUGAUGCAUGGCACCCAAUGACUCCUAAUCUUGGCCAAGGGGCUUGCUGUGCUUUGGAAGAUGCUGUUGUUUUAGUGCAAAAGCUGGUGCCUGCACUCAAGGCUGGACCAACCUUCAUUGAGGAUGCACUCAGGUCAUACCAAAACGAGCGAUGGCUACGAAUCUUUCCAAUGACCGUGCGGGCUAAUGUCGUUGGAGCCAUUUUGCAGUGGGAGAACCCGGUGGUUUGUGCAAUUAGGGACAAUGUGCUUGUUCCUAAACUCAUCAAGCUUGGACCGAUGUUGGAGCAUACCAACUUUGAAUGCGAUCCCCUGCUGCAAAAUAAGGUUUAACAAACAGGUAUAAGUUAUAACGACAAUCAAAUUUAUGGGUUUUACUAUUUGGAAAACACAUGUUGUAAAAUACGUAUCCUUUUAAAAAAAUUAUGAGUUUAAGGGUAUAAAUUCUAAAUUCGUCUUGGUUAGAACUAAUCGAUCCAAUUGUAACCGACUGAUUGAAAGAUCCAAAAUUACCAUAUUCGAAUUAAUCAGUUAAGAUCUAAUAAAACUGAAUUGAUUCAAUCUAUUUGACGUGUAUACAACUUUCCAGUAUUCAU